AUGCUACUGAAAGUUUACACUACGGAAUCGAUUGGCGCGCCGCGCAAUCACAUUGCAAUCUACAUCGAGACCGCCCCGGACGAAGACGCAGGCUGGCUUUACCAUGUCACUGGAACGAUCCUCAACGGCAUGGAAUACACACCCAGGGAAACACCAAACCCCGCGCACCUCCCGGAGUAUGUGCCAUCCUCGAUCAAGCAAAUCGCGACCAUUGAAGAAGAUAAUUUGGACAAGUUUGUCAAGGAGGUUUGCCUUGCGGUUCCGCCUCCCAGAGCGCAGGUCACAUUGCGAGGCACGCGCUUGUACCCGGGUACUCCGCUCUACCGCUGUGGGGAUUGGUUGAAGGAUGUUCAGGAGAUGGCCUUCCAGAAGGGGAUCCUCAAUUCUCCUUGA